AUGGCCAAGCUCAGCGAGGAGAGCGCGUCUGCAGGAGCAGCAGACACGCAGGUGGAGCGUGACAACACAAUGAUUCACCAGGAGCCGGAGCUGGAACCGGCGCCGCCGUCACCCCCCGCGGAGUUGGUCGUUGCUGCGAGUUUCCGUGCUGACGAGGUGUCGUUUGGCGAUCCAGUGGAGUUCAUACUUGGCCGAGUCGACACCAUUGAACUAUGGCGAGCGAAAGUCGUGCGUCUUAAUCUGACGCAGAUUGGCGUGUCAUUGAUGCGCGGUGUACUGCGGCACUGUCGCUUAUCAACACCGCCGAUGCGUAUCUUCGACGCCGUGGAGUCGACACCGCCGGCAGCGCAGGCAUCAGUGCAGUCGCUUGGCCCCUCGCCGGUGGUGCAACCGCCGCUGCUUCCCUACACGGCGCUCGAGUCCAGGCAGAUGGAUGUGCGGGUGGCGGAGCACAGUGAAGCGGUACAGACUUCCGUGCAGGGAGUCGUCCCUGUAGCGCGCUGGCAGGCAACAUAUCAGCCACCGAAUCACCACUGCAGUGCACAUCCCUCCCUUCAAUUCAGCGUUGCUCGGCGCGCACUCGUGCAGACCGCAAGCCGCGCCUCUGUCCCACUUUACAUGGGUAUGCUCACGGCCUUCAUUGGGUACGGCGUGGCGUCCAUGUACAGCGCCGACACAGAGGCCGACUCGCUCAGCGCAGGUGGCGCAGCGGCAGAGGAAUCUGUCAAGCCCCCGGCGUCCACGCCCGGAGCCGCCGCCGCCACAGGUUUCCAGAUGCCUGGCCGCCGUCUGCAGUUCACCGCCGAGAUGAACAACGCACUCCACGAGGUCCAUCGGGCAGCGGCCGAGGUAACGUGUAUGAUAAAUCAUGAGGCGAAGGAGAUGCACGCGCUCGCGACGGCGGCGCUCCAGUCGACUAGCAAGGUGACAAGGUAUCUGACCGACGAGGAUGAGCGGGUGCAGGACUUGCGCCAAGCGCAGCUCGGUCGAUCAUGUCGACACCUUUGCCGCCUCGUGGCAAAUCUCUACUCUCUCGUGUCCCUCCUUGACUUCUUCGCCGUUGAGGGCGCGUCCCUGCCGACGCAGGCGCCGGCGCCAAACACCGCGGCUGCUGCCAUCGCCGCUUUUCAUCCGUCGGACGGAGAAGUAGCCAGGGUGAUGGGAAAGGUGGUAGGCACUGGAACAAGUGGCGCAGGUCACUCCGAUACAAGUAAAACCAACGUCAGCCUCCUAUCCUCAUCUUCCGCUAGGAGGGCUGUGGCAAUGCGGAUGGAGAAGCACCGCGCUCAGACAACCCCACUGGCCCCGCGCACAGACAGCAAUACUCUCUGUGCCACACCCACGUCCCCCGCCGCUACGAAACCUGUCGCCACCGCAGUCGCACUGACAGCAGCAAACCAAACCUUCGCGGGGGCACCUGCGCACGCCUAUACAACGGAGCGCUUCCAUAAGCUCUUUGGCGCAUCCGGUCACCUACCGCAGAGCGUGUGGAUGGUGUUCUCCCCCGUAGCUGAGACUUUGAGCCAGUUUGCAGUGUCCUGGUCUCUCACGACGGGUGAUGCGAGAAGUCGGCAAGCCUUCAAUACCGCAGCCUGCGCGAUACUCGGCGAGGAUCAGCGCUGCCUGCUGCUGCAGAUGCAUCGACUGUGCACGCGCUUUAUCGUGCUACGGCACCAGGUGUACGCACUGCACCCCGUCAACCCGCUGCUCUUCAAGGUGAAACAGAUGCUGGAGUGGAACGGCCUCUUCGACGCCGACAAGCCAGACGCGUGGUCGUACAACAAUGGUGGCAUUGACCGGUGCGACUUACACACUGAUCUACUGCACAACACCUACGCGCAUGGUCCUCAGUGGUGCGUGAACUCCUGCAACAAGAUGGCGCUUCAAGCGGUGAUAGCGUGGCCGUACACCACAACUGCUCGCAACUCGGCGCUGCGUGGGAUUAAAGAGGUAAGCACGUUUUCUCCAAAUGGUAUCGCCUCUGCCGGUGCAAACGACGGAGCCAACGCCACCCUCUCUGGGCUUCUGACAGAAUCACCGUCGUCAAUAACUGUGUCGCCAACACAGGGUUCCAGCGUGGCCGCACUAUCCCAGCUCUCUGCUGUGCCAGGCUACGUUGGGCUGCGGAACAGUGGCAACACGUGCUUCCUCAACAGCGUUGUCCAGCUGCUCGCCAGCGCUACCUUGUUCUGUGACGACCUCAUCGCUCGAGUGCAGGACACCGUCUUCGGCCACUCAGCGCACGCAGAUCACCGGACUACUGUGGCCGAACAUGCCGUCGAUUCCAAGGCGAUGGCGACUCUCUUCACCAAGUACGGUUGUCGCCUCGCUAUGGCGCUUCUGCUCGGUGAGCUCCAGUGGCGUGGGAAGCACCGCCACAAACGCCACGCAGUGCUGCCAGACUACCUCACUCCACACCUGCCCCCGCCGUUCGAUGACUAUCGACAGCACGACGCCUCGGAAUUCUGGCACGCACUGAUGGACAACCUGGACGUGCCGAGCCAGCCCGAGGGGGCGGUGGUGGCGAGUUGGUUUAGCGGCCGAACGGCGACGACGAUUACGUGUGUGACCUGCCAGCGCCAGCGCCUGCACAAUGACACCUUCUGGGAUCUCUCCAUCCCACUCCUGCGCUCUGCCUCGGCUCCCUCUGCGCCAGCGGCUGGGACGGAUCGGUUGGUGAGCCAAGUGGAAGUGCACCACUUCGCCCGCGCCACCGCUGUCACCACCACGUACGCAGACACGCCAACAGCCGACUUGUCAGGCAACAUGCCCAUCGCAGCAGCCGCCUCCGCAGGGCUGGAAACGGCGGAGCGCACAGAGGAGGGGGCCGAAGAGAGAACUAACGAGAAGACAGCACCGACUCUGCGCCAUACUGUGGUUCGCGGUGUGGCCGAACCUCAUUCCGUCACAUCGCCGCUGCCGCCCUCGAUGGUGGCAGCCAACGAGGCAUGCAAGACGCUGCAGCAUCUGUUGCUCUAUGCGCUCCACCCGACUCUCAACAAGGAACUUCUGUACGGCAGCAACGCCCUGGACUGCGAGCACUGCCGUCGAUGCACCAACACCGAGCUCACAACACACCUUGUCGCGGAGAUCGAAGUGGAGGGCGGAACGGGGGCCGAUGUGGUAGCAGCAGAUGUGCCCGAUAAAGGCGUGGGCGUCGUGCAGCAUACGUGCGUCACUUCCGGCUGUGUAGCCGCCGUGGCAACGGGGGAACUCCACGUUGAAGGGGAGUCGCCUAAACCCCUUGCAGCAGGUGCGCAUUCCCCUCCCCACGGCGGGUCGGCGCUGCCACAACCUCUGACCAGCACGGCAGCGGGAGGUGGCCUCCCCUACUACCUCGCUAUUCAGCUGAACCGCUUCGCGUACCAGCGCGUCACGCAGUCCUGCGACAAAAUCGCCGAUGGUGUACCCCUCAAUGAAGUCAUCAUCGUUCCGGUGUACCCCGAGAUCACGGCGCUAAAUGGGGUACCGGCAUUCCCUGCCUGCUCACAGGGGCCCAACCGCCCGCCUGGGGUGACCAACGAAGAGGACGGCGACGCCAGCACACAACACGAAGACAACCAUCACCACAACACCCCUUCCCAUCGAGCCCCUACAGCACCGCGCUCUGCGACACCGGCGGCUCCAGUGUGGAUUGCGUACCGUCUGCAGUCCAUCAUUAUCCACAGUGGCUUCACCCCGAGUAGCGGCCACUAUUUUACCCUCACACGCCGUCCGGUAGCGGCACCGGCACAGGUGAACAUCGAUGAUAUCAACCACGACGAAGACGAGCACCAUGUGAGUGCUGAUGCGGACCUGCGGUCCAUGCGCGCGUAUGUGGAGGAGCUGGGGGCCGCCCUGACGAGUUGCCUUUCCACAGAAACCCACUUCUCCAAUGCGGAAGUGGUUCAGACAACAGUGGACGCGGGCGGCGCUUCGUCAAGGUGCACCGAUGUGGAAGGCGCAGGACAACAGUCGAAGGAUGGGCCCACGUUGGUUUCCUUCUCGGCCGGCACAGGGGAGACGGUGCAGUCCCCAACCCUUUCCUCACUGCCAACUCUGCCAACCGCUGCCGUGUCCGUGAGCGGCGGCCGCCUGUACGAGAACUGGGUGAUGCUUAACGACUCCAGCGUGCACAUAGUUGAGCCGGACACGAUGCGCCGCAUCCUACACGGGUACGGAGGUGGUGUCUACUCUGCGUGGGAGACGCCGUACAUCAUCUUGUAUGAGAAGGUGCCCGUCGCGUACGAAGGAGCGGUAUCACGCGACGUGUUGCCAGGGAAGGAAGAGCAGACAACUAAAUGCAUCGCUGAUCCCGCACUUUCAGUAGCGGCGAGGCUGCAGCGCUUGUGGGAGUCCCGCCACGCCUCGCUAGGGGCUCGAAGCGCCACCUCUGUCGGUGAUACCGCCGUCAAACCGAUUCACUUUGCCCCUGAAGUCCUGCAGAUCUUCAACGAAAGGCUAAAAAACGACACGGCGUGCAGCGCCGCUCUCAAUACGGCCUCGCAUGCCGCAAACGAGCGCAGCUCUGCGUCGUUUGACAGCAGCGGGUCACGCUCACGUCAUGCGUUGCUGCGCACGGUGGAACAUCAGGAGGCGUCUGCCACGACUUUGAGGACUGCUGUAGCCUCUCCCCUCGGCGCCAGGAAGGACACAUCCGCAUUCUUGAGUGACAGCAGCAGCAGUGCUGACCAGGCUUUCGCAUCGCCACGGCCGCGUCGGCUAAUGUCCACCCCCAAGGGCACCCGGCGUUACAGUGUCAAUCCCAACCACCAAAGCGCAGAGGAGCACCGCAAGCAUAGUGGCGCCGAGCACGGCGCGGCCGCACUUAGCUCAAGUUGCAGCGACGCAAGCUCAGACACUGACGACGAGUAG